ACACUGAGGUGGCCGAGUGUCAUUGAAGGCGACACAAGUUUGUACACCUGAAUGCUGUUAACUGCCAAGGGUGUUCCAUAUGGGUACCCGGAUGUUGAAUGGCCCCUGGCCUGAACCCACCCGCAAUCAUCGCCAGUUUUACAUGUACACUACUGUGAUGUAUAUACCUAUAUUGUUAAUCAAAUAAAAUAGAAAUAUAGACGUCCAAACAAAAUUCAGAAUGACAGGGACUAUUUUAAAGUGAGUUGGGAUGAAAUAAUGUAAUCGUCAUUUCCGCAGCCAUGAAGCUCGCAGUUGUUGUUCUUGUUCUCCUCUGCAACUGCUGGAGAUGUUUAGGCUCGUCUCACCAUAAAGAGUCAUGUCGCCAUCCUCCAUCCCAGUGGUGUCGCUCUUUGGAGAUUGCUAUCGAGUGUAAGGUGCAGAAGCAAUGCAUGGAGCUAAGUGCUAUGCGUCCUAACGAGGCGGUUCCUCGGGUGUCUGUCACGUUGUACUAUGAGAGUCUGUGUCCAGCCUGCAGAGUCUUCCUCACUCAGCAGCUUUUCCCCACCUGGACCAUGCUGCAGGACAUUAUGCGAGUCACACUGGUCCCGUAUGGAAAUGCUAAGGAGCUGUUGACAGGCAACACUACCUUCACCUGCCAGCAUGGAGAGCCAGAAUGCCACGGAAAUAUGAUUGAGGCCUGCAUCCUGCACUUGUCGGACCACGCAGCUUUCCAGACCAUCUUCUGCAUGGAAUCGGCUGCCGAUGUUCUCAGCGCAGCGCAGCCAUGCCUACACAUGCACGCUCCCUCCAUCUCCUGGGCCACUGUGGACUCCUGCGUGAGGAGAGGUCUCGGCCGCAAACUGAUGCACGCCAACGCUGCCAUGACCAGAGCGCUCAGCCCCGCCCACACGCAUGUCCCGUGGGUCACCUUCAAUGGGGAAUACAGGGAAGAUCAUGAAGACCAGGCCAUGACCUCGCUCUUCCAUUUGGUCUGCCAACUGUACAAGGGGGUGAAGCCUCCCGCCUGCACCGGAGCAGCGGUCAGACUCGACAGAGGCUUCUGCUAGAAAGGUGUAAGAGUCAAGCACAUCAAAUCCUGCAUGUUAUAUUACUAUGUUUUGUCUGUCUGAUGAUGAUGUGCAUUAAAGAAAAACCCUAGGACAUAUACUUUAAAAAAAUCAUUUGUAAGAAUCAUGAAACCAACAUCAAUUUCCAUAUAAUUUAUUGGCAUUUCCCCCCACAUAAAACACCCUGAACUCCCGAAAAU